AUGUUGCUGAAACUAUUGCUAGUUCUCAUUGGUUAUUUCUGCACAGAAGUGGCGACGAAUUCAUCCAAUCUUCAGGUGUUUGUUAACCGCUACAAUGCUUACGGAAGAGCAAAUAUAAUUACAACAUUGGAGACGGUGCAACUGGCGUGGUUCACCACCAAGGUGGUCAUGAACAAGUGGAUUCUGGUUGAUUAUUUUCAGACAAACGCGAGCGAGCGCCAAGGGGCAUUGGCCUGGUAUCGGACAACCAACCUGCAGCAAACACUCAACUUUUAUGGCGUGAAGAUAGAAAAGAAUCUAACCUACACCAGGGGAUACUUUCAUGUGUCGAAAACGAAGUUCUUCUCGAGCGGGUUCUAUCUGAUUGAUGCGGCAAUCACAACGGAGGGCAUCUACUCGAGUGAGCAGAAAGCGACGACCUAUACGGUCGUUAAACUUAUCCAGGAGAACGCUUGUGAGCCCAAAUUUGAUAUUCCCAACUGUCACGACUCCAAUCGGCCCCUGUACUAUGAAACAUCCAAGGAAAUUGUCAUACGAGCCAACUUCUCACGCUUCUGCCCCAUGGAUUCAUACAUACAAUACCAUUGGACGCUGCACGAUAGCACCGAUUCGAGACAUCGCAUUGUUAUCCCUGCAUAUAGUCAACCGAAUAACCAGACGCUGCGCGUGAAGCUGCUAAUUCGCUCCGCAUUCGAUCCCAUUCGGACCGCCACUUCGCGGCAGAAGUUGGACUUUUCCAUUUCGCCGCAUCUGAUCAACGUGGAGGUGGCAUGUGUCAAGAACUGUGACGAGGACAAGUACAAUCCGGGGAAGCCGAUUCACGUGCGGGGCAAGUGCGAGGGCAUUGGCAACAAGAACAUCACCAAAUGGGAGUGGCGCGUGGGCGAUAAGCCAGUGAAGGCGCACGCGAAUCGGCUGGUGUACACUGAUAUAGAUGCCAAGAAGUCUAGCCUCAGCAUCCAUCUGCAUGUGGAGGCUGCGCAUCUGUAUAAUCCCAAAUACAACUAUUACGGACAAGACUGGAUCUAUUUGGAGAGGAAUACUGGCCCCGAGAACACGAAAUGCACGAUAAAACCAUCCGAGGGUCUGCCCUACGAGACACUCUUUCUGAUCCAGUGCCAGAGGAGUAAGGCACGCUUCAUGCCACUGCGCUAUGGUGUGGAGGCCAACAAUGUUCUGAUUGUGGACUGGCAGUCAAAUCGGGAGAUAUUGCUGCGACUUGUUCCCGCACGUAAAGUAACUGUAAAGAUAUGCGAUAAGCUCGAUGUUUGUGAAAGUGUUGAGCUUAAAGUACGGAUCAGAAAAGAGUCACCUGAAAGCGGUAAGCCUGCCAUUCUGAUGCAGAAUAUGGCAAGAGCGCGUCACUUUCUGCAGUAUGCCGACUGGCAAAAGGCGUAUCCACUGCUGAGUCUGAUAUCCAAGCUGAUACAUACCAAGGAAAUGCUGGUAACUUUCACGGAAACACUCUCCGUGCAUGUGCCCCAGUCCACCGUGGAGCUGACGCAAUUGGUGCGACUCACCAAGCACGUGGUGGGCGCCAUCGAGCCCCUGGAUGACAUGAAAGCUGUGGUGCUGGCACGAAUGUUCAACAGAAUCACCGCCACAUACAAGGUGAUAGUCGAGGGCAAUGAUCUGACGCUGCUGGACGAGCACUUUGACCUGAUGACCGACGACAUGUGCGACAUGCUGGACACCAUCAACGCCGAGUGGGAGUACAUACCGAAGGCGCACUGCCUCUCGGAGUCGGAGUCGUGCAUAAACAUCAAUCACUUUGGCAAGCGCCUGGAACAGCUGUCGUCCCUGCGGCCACUCCUCGAGCACGUGGACAGCUGGAUGUACACCCACUGGAAGCUGAGCAAUUGCCUGAUUUACAUGGGCAUGGAGACGGCGCGCCGUCUGCACCCGCGCGAGGGUCCAAGAAUAAUUGAUAGAGACAGCUUCAACAUCCGCAUGGAGAGCUUCGAUCUGGACUACGAGCACAGCCUCAAACUAGAGUCCGGAGACUCCAUGCACACGCUGGCCUUCUCGCGGAAUCUGCUGCGGGAACUGCGCCGCAAGCUGCGCCACAAUGAAGUUCUCAUAUCCGUGCGCAGCCACAAGGUCAGCCAGUACUGGUUCUACCCCAAGAAGCGGUCGCGCACACAGGAGCUGGUGGUGAACGCCUUUACAACGAGUGCCAUGUUUCAGCCCACCGAGCAGCUUUCGGAGCCACUCACAUUCUUCUCGAGGCUGGAGACCAUUCCGUUUACUGACAAUCCCAGGGGAGAGGUAAAACAUCCGCGAACAGAGCCACUUGACCUCAUUGGUGGCCCCGAAGAGGAGGCUCAUGCUGUCAUCCAUGACAAUGUGUACACCCCAUUCGAGGUGCGAAUGUAUCGCACCGAGAUUUACGCCCAAUCCGUGCUCAAGGUGACAUUUAUCCGGGCGCAAAUCGGCUUCAACGUGCUGAUACGCAUGACAAAUGUGCCCAAACUCGAGGACAUGGACACUAGUGGCGCCACCUGCCAGGUGAAGUAUGGAGUUUCGCAGAGAACAAAUUUCUUACUAAGAAAUCGGUGCACUGAGGCGCGCUCGGCAUUCAUUUAUCUGCGUGCCUCGAACCCGGCUGAGCCCUGGGAUACCUUUGACCAGAACGGUGCCUUCUUCUCGUUCGCCACCGAGAUCCAUCUCUGCCGCGCCUGGAACUCAUCGGGCACCGAGCACAGCUGGAGCAAGCUGCCCUGCAUGCCCGACAUGGUCAAGAGCACAAACUCGGGCGUCCACUGCCGCUGCAAUGUCAUCGGGGACUUCGAUGUGGACGCCAUGCCCAUCAUCACAGUGCCGGUGAACAUCAAAUGCCACUUGGAUCGGCCAGUGGUGACGCGCCACUACGACAUGCUGGUGCUGUACACGCUGCUCACCGUCCUGACCGUCCUCUACAUCAUUAUUCACAUGCGCAAAAUACGCAACUGGGACAAGCGGCUGUAUGUGAUGAACUAUGCGACGGGGCAGCUGUGCCACCGCGGCGAUAUGGUCUUCCGGCUCACAUUCGGUGGCAGAUGCAACGCCGGCUCCUCGGCCAACAUUAUUAUUUCGCUGAAGUCAGACCAAGGGCUUGUGCAGUUGAUUGUGUUCCAGGAUCCACAGUGCAAGACAUUCCAGCGCAACAGCACCAUCUCGUUUCGGGUGCAGCGUGAGCUGGUGCAGCCGCCCGCGGAGCUGUCCGUCGGGCACGAUCACACGGGAAUAUAUCCACACUUUUUCUGUCGCAGCGUUGUGCUCACGGAUAUGGCCACGGACAUGACACAAACCUUCCUGCUGCACAGAUGGCUGCGGGGCUUUCCGAGCACCAAGUACGAAACGGCUCCGGUGUUUUACCACUCGAAGACCACCGAAAAGGACAUAUACCCGCGGCGCGCACGUUUCUCGCACAUAAUGGAAACCUGCAUGGGGGCUUGGUAUCUCUUUCAGCCCGUUAUCGGUCCCUGGCGCCUCGGCACGCACUGCUCCUCCUUCUGCCGCUGGGAGCGCUCGUGCAUGUUCAUAGUCAAGGUGUUCGUCACGAUCUGCAUUAUGGUUCAGUAUUUUGGCCCAUCCUAUGUGGCCCUGUCGUGCGAUCCCAGUCCCAAAAAAUAUCACGACCUGGGCUCCGUAAUGUGGACAUCGCUGAUAUGUUGCCUGAUCAGUUGCUUCGUGCAGGCGGCGAUGGAGAAAACAAUCCUCUGCAUUGGUGCCUAUGAUUAUAUUUAG